UUUGACCCAGCCUGAUCAAACAACGCUCCCUCGGGCCCGAGGCCUUCUCCCGUGAUCUAGGGGAAGCGGAAGUCAAUGGGCAGGGGACUGACAUCACUACCAGCCAAUGGGAUUGCAGGGCUCACCUCAAGCGGGUUCCCAUUGGGCUACCUCAUGGGCGGAAGGUAGAGCCGCUGCUCAAACUUGCGGCGGGAAGCGCGGAGGGUCCGGGCGAGCCGUCGCCAUGGAGACGCUGUUGUGGCAGGUGGAGACGCUGCCCGGGCUCCUGGCCGUGUCCCGCUCGGGGCAGGUCCGGGACUGGGACCCGCCAACCGUGGACAGAGCCCUGCAGUGGGGCCGCUACUUCCAGCAGCUGCACGGCCGCUUCCGCGCCCAGCCCCGGCUCCGGGCCGCCCUGGGGCAGCGGCUCCGCCGACGGCGGCAGGGGCCGCCGCUAGGCUUCGGACACCUGGGGCGCUGCCCGGAGCUGCUGGGCCUAGCGCUGCUGGGCAACCGGGCGCUGCCGCCCGCCGCCUGCCACCGCCUCCUGCGGAGCUUGCUGCUGCCGCCCCGCGGCCAAGCUACCCCGGGGCCCUGCAGCCUCGGCCUCCUGGCCCGGCGCAGGGCCGCAGUCCAGCUGCUGCUGCUGCCUCCCAGCUCCGCCCCGACGCGCCCUGGGGAGCCGGAGCCGCCGCUGCGGACCGAAGCCCAGCUGCUGCUGUCCCGGCUGCAGGAAGACGAGGAGGAGCAGGGGCUGGCGGGUGUCCUGGGGCAGCUGCCCGGGCCUAGGGUCUACCGGGUGCUUGCGGCGCUGCUGCUGGAGCAGGCCGGGGACGACGCUGGCAGAGAGGGGGCCAGGCCGGCUGCGGCGGUGCUCUCCUGGCUGAUCGGGGACCUAGGCCGGUUCUCCGACUUCUGCCGCCUCCUGCCGGGCUCCCUGCUGGUUGCCCUUUCUGCCCGAUACCCCCAGCUGGGCACCCCUUACUUGCAUCUCCUUAUCAGCUGGGGCAGCCGCCUGCGCUACGAUCCCCUGCGCGGCCAGUGGGCCAGCAGCCGCUGCCCCAGUGAGGACGAGCUCUCCUGGGAAGAGCUGCGCGAGCGCUUCAGCUGCUUCAUGAGGGGACCUGCCCCGCUCCGAGAGGCUGCCCUGGCUUCUCUGAAAAACCUGAAGACCCAGGAUGGAGACUUCGAAGUGUGCGGCCUGAGUGUCUGGACUGACCUGUUGCUGGAGAUGGAGGCACCUCUCGAAAGAGAGGACAGGACUCUAGAGCGUUAGCCCGGAGGAGGAGAGGACUGGGACAUUAAAUAGGUUUCAUAGGAAACUCAAUGGCCUGAAAUCC